GGUUGGUUUGUCAUAAACUUUUAGAUUUCAGCGAAGAAAGUUCAACAGCUUUUAACGUCAGCACAUUUUUUAAAAAAAGAUAAAUAUAUAUUUAUAUACAAAUAUUUAUAUAUAAAAUCUGUUUCACGGCCGAACAGCAUUUAACGUUGAAAGAAUAUCAGGACAGGACAUAAAAUUACAUAUAUAUAUAAAAUAAAUCUGUUACACUGAUAUUAUAGUCAUGGCAACGGCAGUACCUCCAACAGGAUCUUCUCACCACGCAUUGAUCACUAACAAUGAAUAUCAAAUUAAAUUGGUCACGCUUCUCAAUGAAUGUUGUGACCACUUACGUGAAAUUUUACAUGACCCAGCCCGUGGUAAUAUGCCAAGGGAUAAGAAACAAUUAUAUUUGUCAUUGAAAAAAUAUAAGAAACAUUUAAACCAUCUGAAAAGAGAUCAGCUGGAAAUCGUUUUUCCGCAAGAUAAGGAAACAGAUUCGGAAUUGUUUGACAUCACUAUUUUAUGUGACGUUCUAAUUAAUUGUUGUCACGGUAUACAAGCACCAAUUGGUGGAUGGAGGACCAGAACACCGCAACCAAAUGAUUACAGUGUCGGUGCUGACAUCAUUCGAAUCAGAAAUGAGCGCAAUAAUGUUAUGCAUGGAAGAGCAAUGAGUUCAGGACAAUAUAAUCAGCUAUGGAAUGCCAUAGAAGGUAUAUUAAGAAGACUCGGAUACGACAUAACGAAAAUUAAAGAUUUGAAAUCUGGUUGCUUGAAUGACUUAGACUUAUUUAAAAUCGAAGUUAUAAAAGCAAAGAUUGAAAUUCAAUAUUUUAAUCAAAAAGACAACCAAGAAAAUAUAAAACAAAAUCAAGAUGACAUCAAAGCAAAUAAAGACAGUAUUCAGCAAAACGAAGAUGGUAUUAAACAAAAUCAAGGUGACAUCAAAGCAAAUAAAGACAGUAUUCAUCAAAACGAAGAUGGUAUGAAACAAAAUCAAGAUGACAUCAAAGCAAAUAAAGACAAUAUUCAUCAAAACGAAGAUGGUAUUAAACAAAAUCAAGAUGACAUCAAAGCAAAUAAAGACAAUAUUCAGCAAAACAAAAAUGGUAUUACACAAAAUCAAGAUGACAUCAAAGCAAAUAAAGACAGUAUUCAGCAAAACGAAGAUGGUAUUAAACAAAAUCAAGAUGACAUCAAAGCAAAUAAAGACAAUAUUCUGCAAAACGAAGAUGGUAUUAAACAAAAUCAAGAUGACAUCAAAGCAAAUAAAGACAAUAUUCAGCAAAACAAAAAUGGUAUUACACAAAAUCAAGAUGACAUCAAAGCAAAUAAAGACAGUAUUCAGCAAAACGAAGAUGGUAUUAAACAAAAUCAAGAUGACAUCAAAGCAAAUAAAGAAAAUAUUCAGGAAAACAAAGGUGGUAUUAAAGAGAAUAAAGAGAAUUAUAAUCGAUUAGCAGCCGAAGUGGAAAUAGUAAAGCAAACAAUUUCUUCAUCAUCAUGUGAUCAGAAGAGUUCUCAGUUGGAAGAAACUAUAAAAGAACAACCCAGUUAUAUACUAUUAAAAAAUUUCCGAGGAGAUUUUCUAAUACAAUUUGAAGAUGGCUGCUCCCACUGGUCUAUGAAAAGUGUACAAGUCAUCAUUACUGAAAAUUUUGCGAUAGAAUCAAAAGAACUUCAUGUCGACAACGAUUACAUUGUGGAAGAAGAAGAAGGUACACUAAUCCUGAUUAUUUACAAUCACAUUGCCAAAUCGAUUAAUGGGUUAUCAGUUACGUUAGUUGACAGUGAAAGUAAAACUCAUUUGAUUCCAAUUGAAGAUAUUGCACUGGUCCGAGCACAUAAGUGUACAACCAGCUAUUUUGAUGUUAGAACCCACAACAGUGGAAGAAUAUCUGAACAGAUAAAAUGCAUUGUAGGAGCAGAAAGAGAAGAAACAAAUAUUGAAUUUAUAUGUGGUGGUAGCCUGCAAACAAUGGAACCUAAGGAGUACGAAGCAUUUGAAAGAGAUUACAUCCAGCGUUAUUUCACCGUCAAUGGUAAAUGCAUGGAAGAACCACUCCAAAUUCCACCCCCAAUGCCAAAAGUCACACAUUCCUUAUUCGCACAAAAGAUAAAGGAUGUUAUAAUCGAAUUACAACCUCGGUUGUUUACAAUAUUUACUCAUUAUAACACGAAGGAACAUAUUCGAUUUCUAAAACUGGAUAAAGAAUUUUCUUUGAGUUUGGAAAGCACAAUUAAUGAUAACAAAAGAAUUCUACUUGUGUUGCCAAAUUAUAUCGUCAACAUUAGAUACACAGAAACAACCGACGCAGUAAGACUACAAGAUGAAGUCAAAGCGGGCGAAGAAGACUUGAAGGAGCUAUCUAUCAUCACUAAAAAAUAUCUUACAAAUGGUCACCUGACAAUGGUUAAUGUUGUAGCUGCACCACAUUUCGAAGAUAUCGAAAAUAUCCACCUUUGUGUAGACUGCAACUUACUCUCCAAAAAAACUUUGGCUGAGGAUAGAAAUAUGACGAAGUUCUUUUCAAAUAUUUUGCAAAGCUCACAAGUACAAAAUAAUGUUCAGGACAACAAAGAACGGUAUAUCAACAUAGUUGGUAAAGUCAUGUGUUUUAUGGCUACAAGAAAAGCACUCUAUUCUGUUCCUUCACUCAGUAAAAACGUCCACGAACAAAUAAGCUCGUUAAUACUUUCUCCACAGCAACUCCGUCAUUUAUACAACAACUCUUUAAAAAAAAUUAUAAUCGGUCCUCUAGGCAGUGGUAAGACAGUGCUAGCUUUAGCACAUUUGGAAGUAGCUUACGAGCGCUCUGAGAAUAGAUCGGUCAUAUACUACGUUAUUUGGGACGGCAACACAUUGCUUAAACGGGAUAUUGUCAAUCACACUAAAAGAUUUAAUUACAAAGCCGCUGUCGAAGUUGUUGUAAAGGAUAAUGUCGAGUUAGCUAAGGAUUUGAAAAUGAAUGAAGUGCCAACACCAUACCAGUUAUUAGAGUCAUUGGUUAAGAAACAUGUUGACCAAAACCUGCAUCUAAUAAUUGAUGAAUUAAAUGGAGAGUUAUUUAACAAGGAAGAAUCAUCUUUGCUUAAACACUAUCUGGAAACUGAAGACAAAUUAAAUAACUCUUUCAUCAUUUUUUUCCCACAUUCCAUUGAGAAACAUAGAACAUUAAUUUCACACCAAAGAGUCACAAUACAUGACAAGUACAAGUAUGAAGAAACAGGAAUGAAAGUUUUAAAAUUGAACAGAGCAAUGAGAACAACCCGGAUAAUCUUUCAGUUUUUAAAGGCUUUUGAAAAUGAAGUAGAACAAGACAAGGUAACAAUGAAGCUUCCCGAUCAGCAAUCAAAAGAAGGAAUGUCCACCAAACAACCACAACAGCAGCAAGAGCCACAACGGCGACAACAACAACAACAGCAGCAGCGGCAGCAGCAACCACCACCACCACCGCAACAACAAGGACAAACUACCAGUAGCAAUGUCACGCCGAUAAUAAAAGGAGAAGAAGAAAGUUUUGAAACACCGGUUGAUAUUGAUGUCGUUGCAGCUUCCAUACCAGAUGGGGAUCUUUCGGGUAAUGUUAGAAUUGACACUUCAUUAAAAUUUAAUACAGCGUAUUCAAUCGGUCAUAAUAUCGAAGGAACAAAACCGUUAUUGAUACAUCCGGCAAAAACUCCAACAACAGACAAAGAGUUUAUACCAAUUUUAGCACUUGUUUUACAAGAUGUAUGUUUACAUCAUGCCACUAAACGUUUGUUCAUAUAUAACACAUUUCCUCAAAAGGAUAUUUUUUACAGAUUACUGAAACUGUUAAAAAUUGAUUGUCUUCGCUACGACAAGUACACUGACUGGAAAGUUUUAAAUUGUGAUGAUAUCACAGUUAAAAAUCCCUUACAGAGUCAAACUUAUAACCUGCUCACUACUAUUGAGGGAAGUCGUGGAGUUGAAGCAGCCGAAUGCAUCUGUAUAAUUGAAAGCAAUGAUUGCAAGUUAAAACAUUUGACGUUAGAAGCAAUGUCCAGAGCAACACAAAAUCUGGUCCUUGUUUCAACGUCCAACGUUUACCAAUCAGAUACAGUAAAAUCAUCAACUGGUCAUAUCAUCAGUAAACUGUUAGAUGAACAUUUGGUUGAAUACAAUGUAGAAGUCUCAAACGAUGAAGAUACAGAAAUACCGUUCACAAAGUCCAUGGAAAGUAACAAUAAAAUAGUUUUUAACAUAAAACCACAAUAUUGGAAAUUCAAAGAAAUGAUAAAAGAUUUGGAACAUGUUGGUUUUUAUGCAACGGCUGAACGCCUAAAUGCGCACGAGAUCGUUAGGAAAAACCUUUAUCCUCCUGGAAAAGUGAGCAAUAUAAUUUGCUCAUAUUUGUCACGUAAAUCAUGCAUAUUGAGAUGGCAACAGCACGCUAUUAAAUACACCGUUAGUAGACAAGAAAGUAAAAGUUUAACCUGGAAUAACUUAGCAACUAACAUUUCUUGCAAUCAAUACAUCGUUGAUGACAUGGAAAUUGGUGAAUCGUGCAAGUUUUGUGUAGUUGCUAAAAAUCAUCUUGGUGUAUCUGAUGACAGCACUGUUUCUUAUCGUCACGAACUUCCAAAAGUCAUGGGUGUCCAAUUUGAAGAUAUCGUGAAAAUUUUUACAACUAACGAUAUCAAGAAACUGAAAAAAUUGCUAUCCAUUCAUCCAAACAUCGUUCACAUGAGAGAUGUAGUUGAACACACACCAUUGAUGUGGACAGUAUGUUACACCAACAAUACAUCAAUGGUGGAAAUACUCAUCUCAUAUGGGAGUGAUGUUUGGGCGGAAAAUAGAUGGAAACAAAACAGUUAUCAUUUGGCUGCAAUGUUUGAUCGUCACACAAUAUUAGAUAUGUUAUGUCAACAUGAUGUAACAAACAUCAACCGUGUAGAUGUUAAGAACCGCACACCAUUACAUUAUGCUGCAUGGAAUGGUUACAUCUCAUGUGUUGAUGUUUUGUUACGUCAUAAAAAUAUUGAUGUGACGAUCAAAGAUAAAGAUGGAUAUACAGCUUAUGAUGUUGCUGGAGGAUCGAGUGAACACAACCGGGAAAUAAUAAGACAAAAAAUAAAAGAAUACAAAGACAGGACGAAGUAAACAUUUCAAAUGAUUUUGUUUUGAAAAACAACAAUCAGUUUGUGAGAUGAGGAACGAGUCCAUUUUUUAGUUUUAUUUUAUAUUGUAAUAAAUUUAUUUGUAGUAAAACGUACUGAAACAUUUUUCUGUUCAAUUUUUAUCAAGCCUUGUUUCGUUUAUAUUUCUUUGACACAUGUCCAAGGUCACGUGUUUUUUUAACUGUCUGAAACUUGCCGCAUGACAAACAUCAACUGAUAUACUUUCUCAACCUCGUCCCCAAGUCUUGUUAGACCUUUUAUAUUUUAAAGGCCUGAACAAGGCCCUGGCCCUGGCUGGUCACGUGACGACAGAAUACCCACGUAUAGUGGGUAUUUUGAAAAUAAUUAUGUGUCUCGCUCUUCCAAAAUAUACACAAGCAGUCGAGAAGAAAAUAAAAGAACUGACACAAUUAUUUAGAAUGGUUAAAAUAAUAUUAAUAAAAAAAAAAUUAUAGAUAUUUUUAUAUAAAUAUUUUUAUAUAAAUAUUUUUAUAUUGUAAAAAAUAUUUUUAUUUAUUUAUAAUAGUAUUAUUUCAUGUAUAAAAGAACUGUUAAUAAAUAUUGUAUAAUAUAUUAAACAUUCACACUUG